CUGCAGAACGUUCUCAACAUGGUGAAUGCUGGCGCGGGAAACGACUCCUUGGGCACUUCGGGACAGCUGCCUACGAGUUUCAAUGUGACCGUGUCGGAAAUCAAAGCUCUCCAAAGGAAAACAAUACGAUCUGGAGACACUGCCAUCGAGCGCGUUCUUCACACAACGGAUAUCCCGAUACUGUCUCGCGGAGUACUCCGACGCAACUUGUGGACCGACCCGCCAAUUUCUGCCGGAGUGGAGCCGGCCGAGAACACGUCAGGCGUCACGUCGCACCACAACCUGAACGAGAACACGUCGGAUGCGUGCAUGACGCAACUGUUCACGAGGGGCAGCUGCCGAGGCGUGAACAGCACCUGUUGGGAGACUAUGACGGGUGGAAAUCACAGUGGAUACAGCCUCACGCAUCAGGUGCUAUUCCUCACUAUUGCUUUCAAGAUAAACUGCACGGUUGUGAUGGAAAGAUUCUCGGAGAUGUACAAGCAACCACCAGCCGCUCAGAAUCUGGCUUCAAAGUGUGCAGCGGUGGCCAAAGAGGCACAGUCGGUGGCCGAGAGCGGUUUUCCGGCUCGGAAGAGGGACCUUUUUCUCGAGCAGGGUAGGUAG